UGUACGACACGUACACGUUUUACGUCGACAGGCGGGCAGAUUUCCUCAUGUGAGGCUAGGAUUCUGUGUUUGCCAGCCCUGGUUAAACAUUUUGGCUGACAAGGUCCUGAGAGAAAUACCGACACAACAGUGGGAUAAAGACGUCCAGUUACAGCGGUGGAAGCAGUAGACUGUACCAUGAACGGACAGCUGGACCUGAGCGGCAAGCUGAUCAUCAAGGCCCAGCUGGGCGAUGACAUCAGACGCAUCCCCAUCCACAAUGAGGACAUCACCUAUGACGAGCUGGUGCUGAUGAUGCAGCGCGUCUUCAGGGGCAAGCUGCAGAGCAACGACGAGGUCACCAUCAAAUACAAGGACGAGGACGAUGACCUCAUUACUAUUUUCGACAGCUCGGACCUGUCUUUCGCCAUCCAGUGCAGUAGGAUACUCAAACUCACUCUCUUCGUGAAUGGUCAGCCGAGACCUCUGGAGUCCUGUCAGGUCAAGUACCUGCGUAAGGAGCUCAUUGAGCUCAGGAACAAAAUCAACGGUCUCUUGGAAUGUCUGGAGCCCCCCUCAGAACCUGGCCUGGCUGCCUCCGCGCUAGACAGGGACUCGGUGGAUGUAUGUGAAGGGAGGGUGGUGGUGGCGGCGGUGAAGCAGGCCCCGGUCCCAGUCAGUGCGGCCAGCAUGUCGGCCUUCGACCCCCUGAAUAAGCAGGACGAAGUCAGCAAGAACGUCAUGUCCGCCUUUGGCCUGAGUGAGAACCAUGUCCUAGCCCCCCCGGGUGUUUCGUCUGUGGAGCGGUCAGAUACUCCAGAAAGCAUUGCAUCAUCCUCGUCCGCCGCCCUACAGCCACAGUCCCCCUACGCAGGGAUGCAGCAGGGACACCCAGCAGCCCUCGACGAGUCGUGGCGGAACAACACGGAUAAUAUACAGUUGGCUGGGUUUUCCGUGCAUCGGCAGGACAGAACAGUUACGUCUGGUCAGAUGUACCAGUCUCCAGGUGGAUACCCUCCCCAGCAGCCAGCACCGCAGCAGCAGUAUGGCAUGCAGUACCCGGCAGGAUGCACCCCCCAGCCCGGCACCUCUCAGCCUCAACAACAGCAGUUCCAGAACUACCCUGCCCCCAACUCCCAGGGCCCCGCACCCAGCCAGGGCCCAGCCCCCGGCUUCCAGGGAGGCCAACAGCAGGCCGCUCCACCCCAGGGGCCCCAGCAGUACCCCCCAGGGGCCUUCCCUCCCCAAAACUACACCUCCCAGGCCAACCAGCCUGCCAACUACAGCCUACCCCCCACCUCCCAGUCUGGCCAGGGUUACCAGGCCCGUCCCAGCUACACUCCUCCCCCCGGUAGCAACGUUACCCCCCCUCCUGGGGCAUCCAACCCCUAUGCCCGCAACCGGCCCCCCUUCGGCUCGGGCUAUGCCCAGCCUGGCCCUGGGUACCGGUAAAAGAGAAGGAAUGAAAAACGUUAUCCACACACACCCACCCCUACCCUUUGUGUCCUGGCUGGCUCUGUUUGGCCUGGGUUUGGUAAACAUAGUCUGCUAAUCUGUCCAUCCGUCCUUCUGUCAGUCCUCAGUCACUGAUGAGUCCAUAUCCAAAACAAACUACAACCCCCCCCCCCCCCCCAUCUGAUCGUCUGUGCUCUGUCUCGACCCCACCAACACACACACAAACCCAUGUUACACCCAUGUGUUAUUGCCCUGUUAUUUGAAAUUCAAUGUUUCCUACCCACACUCUCCCCCCCAUGUGUCUGUCAUCAGGGUGGGCUCAAUUUGAAUUGAAGGCAGUCAAUUCAGGAAGAAAACUCCUAAUGUACAAUUCAAAGCAUUUUCAAUGACUUUUCAAUAAACUGAGAAGUCGAAGGUAUUUAUUUCAAAAUGUUUUAAUUUCAAAUUGACUGCCUUCAGUUCAAAUUGUGCUCAACACUGGUGAACAUGUAGUCAGUCUAGUCUGUAAGCACAAUCAGCUGGGAGAACAAAACAGGCUGGAAUAUGAAAGCUGUCUAUCAUUAUCAUCAUCAGACUUGUUUUGCUAGUCUGACAGCUGUAAAUGCACCUGUAUACGCUGGUCAACAGAUGAUGUUGAUUCGUUUGGCAUUUAACUGAUCUUUUGAGGAUAUAGAGUGUCAACCGAUGCUAGUGUUCAAAAUGGUGUUCAUCCCCUUUUUUACAACUUGUUUUCAUCACCGCCAUGUUGAUAUUAAGACGUGUCAUGGAAUCUGCCUCUCGGUUGAGUACAAUAUGGGAGGCGUAGUUUUGACCUUCCAGAAGGGUCCUACCAUGUUUAGCCUCUUAGAUCACCUCCUUAUGGUUUAUCGCUCUCUCUCUCAUACAUUUUUUUCCCUCACUGGUUUGUAAUAAUAUAUCAGUCAGAUUUUCCACCUUGAAGUGUCAUUUAGUUUGUUUAAACUGAAACAUUUUCUCUAAACCUAAUAAAGGCUUUGAAACCUUGAA